AUGACGGUUGUGUUUUCUUAUAUUUUCAGAUAUGUGUUGGACAUGAAGCAAUUGCUAGCUUUGCUGAUUCUUAUAAAUUGUCAUUUGAUACAAGUUUCAGGUGUUUUGGAAUGGACAGUUACUGAAAAGGUAACAGAUUUUGGACAAAACGUGACACUAUUUUGCCAUGUUCCAAACUGCUGUCCAAAGGAUGCAGGAUGGGAUAGAUGGACUCCAGUACAACGCACACUGUUUAUAGAUGUCAAAGCAAAACACAAUAAUAAAAAGUAUGAUGGAAAGGCUGAGAAAGAUGGAUACACCUUAGUUAUCCAAAAUCUAACAAAGGAAGAUCUUAAUGUUUCCUAUUCCUGCUUAUAUGAUGUAACAUUAGGACCCAGGAAAUUUUUAUUUGAAGAAGAUGUAUUCACAGACAAAACUGACAACAAACCAACUGGUAGAUUCUCUGGGAUUCAAAUGUUAGAUUGUUUUCUGGAAGACCCUUCCAAUGUUGAGAAUAUAGAAGGAGAAGAUGCAAUAUUAACUUGCAAAGUAAAACCUACAAGUCUACUUGUGGAAUGGUUUAAAGAAGGCAAUCAUGUAAAACUAGACUCAAAUUGUACAAAGUCGAAUGAAGGAACAAGACACAACCUUAUAAUAAAGAAUGUCAAAUCAUACAACAGUGGAGAAUACUGUGUGAAAGUUGGAAACUUUUCCAGAACACUACACCUGCAAAUUAAAGAUUGUUUCCUGGAAGACCCUUCCAGUGUUGAGUACAUAGUAGGAGACGAUGCAACAUUAACCUGUAAAGUAAGCCCUACAAAUCUACCUGUGGAAUGGCUGAAAGAUGGCAAUGCUGUAAUACUAGACGACAAUUGUUUACAGUCUAAUGAAGGAACAAAACACAGCCUUACAAUAAAGAACGUUAAAUUAGAAAACAGUGGUGAAUAUUGUGUGACAGUUGGAAACUUUUCCAGAAAACUACAACUGAAAAUAAAAGAUAUUUAUGAUGAAGUUAUUCCUCAACAUAUACGUGAGCAGUUCGAAAGACGCUUAGAACAGUGGAAAAAGGAUGAUCAACAGUUUGUUAGUACUGUAGCAGAGAAACAUGUAAUGCAAAAAGUUUUGACACAAAGUUCAGUUACCCUGGUUGGAAAGUCGGGCAUUGGAAAAAGUUUUCUUUCCAUACACACUGCCCUCAUAAUGAAGAAACAUGGCUAUACUGUCAUUCCAUGUAAUAAACCUGAAGAUAUUGGUAAAUGGUUUAAACAUGGUAGGAAAACAUUAUUUGUCUAUGAUGAUGUAUGUGGCCGAUAUACUCUCAAUCAACAAUUUUACAAUGAAUGGAAACAACACCUCGAUCACAUCAAAUCUCUUCUUACAGACCCAUGUUGUAAAAUAUUGUCGACAUGUAGAUUGGAAGUCUACAAAGAUGAACGUUUCAUCAAUCUGUCUAUUUUCAAGUGCAACAUCGAUUUGAGUUCACAAGAAUUCAGACUUAGUCAUGCUGAAAAAUCAAAUAUAGCUAAACAGUACUUCAAAGGAAAUAUUGAUGAAGCAAUUAAAUUGUCUGCAAAUUUUGACUUUUUCCCGCUUUUAUGUAGCUUGUAUCAUAAACAGAACGGCGAGAAAUAUGUAAGCAUAAGUACAUUUUUUAGCAAUCCUUUUAGCUUUUUUAAAGAUGAAAUUGAAAAAAUGUAUACAGAAACUGAUACUGGUGGUAAAAUAAAAUAUUGUAGCUUGGUCCUUUGUGUAAUGUUCAACAACACGCUGACAGAAGAACACUUCUCCGUAGAAGAUAAAAAGAUAGAAGCAGUCAUGUUACAUUUACUAGACGAAUGUGAACUGAAUGCUGGAACAUCCAUGAAAUGUUUAAAAAACUCACUAGAAACACUUGAAGGUACCUAUGUGGUCAAUGAGAAUAAUAAAUACAAAACGAUCCAUGACAAAUUGUUUGAAUUCCUUGCCAAGUACUUUGGGGAGAAGAUGAUACAGAUUUUUAUUGAUCAUGCUAAUACUAGUUUCAUUAGAGAGAGAUUCCUUUGGAAGAUAACAGAUAACAUGGGCACAGAAAUAGAGUUUGUAAUAAGAAUACCUGAUACCCAUAUAGAUAGAUAUAUAGAUAGAUUGCUGAAAGACUGGAAGCAAGGAUUCGUGUACAGUGUAUGUCAGAAUAGAAACAUGAGUUCUACUGAAUUUACAGAAAACGUCGUAACACAUUUAAAGCAACUUGAUCCUUCGAAGCAACAGGAACUUGUUUCUACUGAAGAUGUUCACAGUAAAGAUACAGCACUUGGUGGAAGUUGUUAUUUUGGUACUAUUGAACUUGUCAAAUGGUUGAUAAGUAGGAAUAGUGACAUUGAUAACUGUAGAAAGGAUGGUUGGUUUCCUUUGUUAUUUGCAAGUCAGAAAGGACAUGUUGAUGUUAUUAAAGAACUGUUACAGAAUUCUGCUGAUGUCAAUAAAUGUAUCAAUGAUGGUGUAUCAUCUCUCUAUAUAGCAAGUCAGAAUGGACAUGUUGAUGUGGUUAUAGAACUGCUACAUCAUUCAGCUGAUGUCAAUAAAUGUAAGAAUAAUGGUGUAUCACCUCUGUAUAUGGCAAGUCAAAAUGGACAUGUUGAUGUUGUUAAAGAACUAUUACAACAUUCAGCUAAUGUCAAUAAAUGUAGAAAUGAUGGCAAACCACCACUUCAGAUUGCUUGUAACAAGAACAGGAUUGAGGUUGUACAUGUACUUCUUCAGUGUGAUGAUGUGAAUAUUGAUCUCUGUGAUGACGAUGGAUGUUCUUCACUUUAUAUAGCAAGUCAGGAAGGACAUGUUAAUGUUGUUAAAGAACUGUUACAGCAUUCAGCUGAUGUCAAUAAAUGUGACAAUAAUGAUGUAUCCCCUCUUUCUAUAGCAAGUCAGAAAGGACAUGUUAAUGUUGUUAAAGAACUGUUACUACAUUCAGCUAAUGUCAAUAAAUGUAACAAUAAUGGUGUAUCACCUUUAAUUUUAGCAAGUCAUAAUGGACACGUUAAAGCUGUUAAAGAACUGUUACAACAUUCAGCUGAUGUAAAUAUGUCUGAAAAUAAUGGUGCAUCACCUUUGUAUAUAGCAAGUCAGGAAGGACAUGUUGAUGUUGUAGAAGAACUGUUGCAACAUUCAGCAGAUGUCAAUAAAUGCAGUAGUAAUGGCACCCCACCACUAAAGAUUGCUUGUUACAACAACAGGAUAGAGGUUGUACAUGAACUUCUUCAGUGUGGCGAUGUGAAUAUUGAUCUGUGUGAUGAUGAUGGAUGUUCUUCACUUUAUAUAGCAAGUCAGGAAGGACAUGUUGAUGUUAAUAAUAUAUCACCUUUAUAUAUAGCAAGUCAGAAUGGACAUGUUGAUGUUGUUAUAGAACUGUUACAACAUUCAGCAGAUGUCAAUAAAUGUAGUAAUGAUGGUACUCCACCACUUCAGAUUGCUUGUUACAACAACAUGGUUGAUGUUGUACAUGUUCUUCUUCAGUGUGAUGAUCUGAAUAUUGAUCUCUGUGCUGAUGAUGGAUGUUCCUCACUUAUUAUAGCAAGUCAGAAUGGACAUGUUGGUGUUGUUAAAGAACUGUUACAGCAUUCAGCUGAUGUCAAUAAAUGUGACAAUAAUGAUGUAUCGCCUCUGUAUAUAGCAAGUCAGAAUGGACAUGUUAAUGUUGUUAAAGAACUAAUACUACAUUCAGCUAAUGUCAAUAAAUGUAACAAGAAUGGUGUAUCACCUCUGUGUAUAGCAAGUCAAGGAGGACAUAUUGAUGUUGUUAAAGAACUGUUACAACAUUCAGCUGAUGUCAAUAAGUGUAACAAAAAUGGUGUAUCACCUCUAUAUAUAGCAAGUCAGAAAGGACAUAUUAAUAUUUUUAAAGAACUGUUAAAGCAUUUAGCUGAUGUCAAUAAGUGUAACGCUGAAAGUCACAAUCCUGUCAAUAUGGCACAUGAAAAUGGACAUUUUGAAGUAGAAUCAGUGUUUCUAAAAAUAAUUGCAAAUCAACAUUUGAGUCACAAUGAUUAA